CACACUCUCACAUGCACACACACACUCACACAUGCACAAACACACACACACACACACACACACACACACUCUGGUCUGUGUUACAGAUAACAAGCUGAAAGAUUGACUCUUUUUCCUUCAUACUUGGAGGAAAGUUCUUCCCUCACUUUCUGUCCCCCACCUAUGAAUUCAGGCUCCAUCUUUAACAAUUUUCCCAUAUCUCUUUUUUCCUAAAAAGUGUAUUUUGUACAAUGUAUCUAUAAAAGGCACUACUCAAUAAUCUGAAUUGAAUUAAAUUUCAAAAGGGGGCUUCAUGAACCAGGGAGAGGAUGGAGAAUCUCCUACCAAUCAAAUACUGCACCUCCAUACCUCAGGGCCCUGCUGACUUUGAGGUUCUUAAAGGCAGGCUCAUCGCUAGUCAGAAAGGCAGACUGAAAAACAAUACUAUAUUAUCUUAUUUCACUGAACUCAGAUGUGAGAACAUGCAUCCUGAGGUAAGGAGAUCUGAGACAGUGUAGACAUAGCUCUACAAAUAAACAGUAAUUGACAUUGAUGUCAGGAACAGACAAGCAUUUAUUUUCCGAGAUAUGUUUCAACUUAUUAUAUUAUGUGUUUAUUUUAAGCUUUUGAAUGCCUUCACUGUAUCCCUGAUCAUAUCAAACUGUUACUUCUUAAGCUUAGAUCAGGGAAAGAGGUUUAGAGAUGUUAAAGCAUUUGCAAGAAUCAAAUGCUGUACUUCAUACUCUUAUACUUUGUGUUUUUUUGCGCUUUUUUGUGCAGUCAUUACACAUUCUAUUACAUUGACACACCGGAGAGAAUUUUAGCUUGACACAAAUUUCUCUGGAGAUUGAAAUGAUACAACAAAUGUUUCCAGGAAUUGACUUGACUUGCAGACUUGCAUACUGACCAAGUUUCCGUUUGUGCUUGUGCAUUCUGAAAUGGUUGCGCAUUUGAAAUGUGUGGUUCCAUCCCAGAACUGCUUUCUCUGAGUGGUCUCCAUGUUGCUCCAUGUAUGCUGCUGGACAUCCCUUAUCUGGCUGGGCUCACCUCUAUUUUGGUCUGAUGUGUGCUGCAGUUUUUCUGUUUGUCUAAGCAAAGCUCUACAGAUUGAUUGGUUAAGAUAGUUUGGCGUGUGCUGUGUGUUUGUCACAGUAAAACCUUCUCUGAUUGGUAGAUGAGGUUCAGUUAUUUGUGCCACAAUACACCUUUCUCUGAUUGGUCACAAAAGGUUCAGCUAUUUGUGUCGCAGUAAUUCUUCCUUCUGAUUGGUGAACAUGGUUGUAUCUAAUCGGGUGCCGUGGUGCUGUGUCUGUCCGUGUCACAGGAAAUCCCUGUCAGAGGUGACCGCUUGCCUGCGCGAGCGUCUCCACAGGUGGCAGCAGAUCGAGAAGCUGUGCGGCUUCCCCGUGGUGAACAACUCGGGCCUGCCCAAUCUGACCGCCACCCUCUACUCCGACCACAGCUGGGUGGUCAUGCCAAGGGUCUCCGUGCCCCCGUACCCCAUCGCCGGGGGGGUGGACGACCUGGACGAGGACACGCCGCCAAUCAUUCCACAGUUCACCUCAGCCUCAUUGAUGAGACCCCCCCUGUCGCGCAGCAGCAGUAUGUGUCGUUCCCGCCGCAGCCUGCUGGGCUCCCAGCCCCCCGGCCUGCUCUCCCCCGACCCUGACCUCCUCUCCAUGGCCAGCACGCCCCUGUCCCACCACCCAGAGGAAGAGGAGGACCACAUCUUCUUCACCACGGAGCGGAGGGGGGACAGCCUGGACACGUGUUCGGACACAGAGUCACUCUGCUCGUCCUCAGGGCGGAGGACUGGGGGCCAGGAGACCCCCACCCGAAAGAUCUCCAGGGAGGAGCCACUCGGCCAGGAGCUGCAGGCGCUGGACUCACGGGUGGCCCUAGAGCUGACCCACAAGGGCUCGCCCGACCUGACGCGAGCUCUCACUGAAUCGCAGAGCAUGACCUUUAACCCCAUGAGCAAGGUGGUCUACAACGGCAUACUGGAGAAGUCCUACAGCCUGAGCCAGCUGCCGGCCGGCCCACCGCCCGGCUCGGAAGCCCGCUACCCUUCCCUGACCGGGCUGGACGAGCAGGUCAAAGUAACCAGGGAAAAGAUGCAGUCCAUGUCGUCUCAGGAGUCCUGCGAGAACGGCGAUAAAUUGAAGAGGUCUUCGUCCAAGAUAAAAAGCUUGUUCAAGAAGAAAAAGUAAAAUGAAAAAUAUGGGGGGGAGGGGGUGUUUAGCCUUAAAACGGACUGUCAACAAGAAGCCAAAAUAUGUGGUCUAUUUUUUUGCCCCGUCCUUUCUUUCACUGGAACGCCACUCUGUCUGGAUCCCCUAGAUUGGAGGCCAUUUGUUUUCUUCAAUGCCUUUUUUGUUCACUCAUAGUCGCACAGUUAACAGUUGUCAAAGUUCAAGGGUCAGUGCCUGUCGUCACCAAGACAACCAAGCUGUUUAUGGCCUGUUUACUGUUUUUUUUUCUUUCUCUCUCUUUUUAGUUAGAACCAAAAGUCACUUUUUUGAAGGAGGGGUGGGGAGGGGACAGAGGUUUGGUGCGGGGGAGGGAGGGCGGGAUUUGGUCAUCGAGCUUUAACUGAGCUCUUGUUUACCGAGGCUACAGAGCUCAUAUACUUGACAAUUUUCCUUUGAAAAAAAAUAUCCUGCUAAGGUCUGUUGCACUACUGCUUUCCUGUUGAGGAGAGAGCCGCUGCUUGCGGUAUUGUCAAUAAAAAAAAUAAAUAAUUUGUAGAAAUAAGAUAUAUAUAUAUAUCUCUAUACAUACUAUGUUUUUACAUAUAAUGUUCUAUUAGAGGUUUUUAAAUAGAAAUGUGAUUUCUAUCGGUGGGUUUUCACAGAGAGAGAGACUGAUUUUUACUAACGGAAGGAGUGAAUUAUGCAGAUUUUCGCACAGCAGCGCUGGGCUCACGGCGCUGUCCCCCAGGGCCUGGUUCUCACUGUGACUCCAAACCCUCCCGAAAAGCGACCCGUUGUUUACCGCGCGCCUGACCGUACGUAGUGUCGACGUUACUGUGACGACGUCAGUGCAACGUUGUUUAAAUGUUGUGAGAACAUUUUCUAAUGGCCGUCGCCGUCGAGAAGGCCAUGGCAAUCCCAGCUGUGCAUCUUCAGUUGUCAGAAGUACAUCGCUCGCUGGCAAAUAAAAUGAAGAAGAAAAAAAAUAAUAAUAAAAAUUCUGUUGACGAGCAGAAAAUGUAAUUGUUUACAAAGUGUUAGGGAUUUUUUUGAACAUUUAGUGUGUGAGACUUUGUAUACUGUAGAGUAAAUUAAUAAAAAUGGAGGCAUUAUG